AUGCGUUACCUUGAAAUUCUGGAGCAGGAAGAAAUGACGGGGAUCAUUCUUAGUCAAACCAUUGUGACCUCGCUUCAACAACACGACAAAUCAAGAACCUAUCGAAAACUGCGUCACAUAAUCAACGAUUCUAGACGAAAGAGCGUCAUAUUCUAUAAUGAAGUCUUUGCAGACACACAGACCCCACGUUUACCAGGUGAACCUGCUGGAGAACGUGACUGGAGAGCACUACGUAAACUAGCAGACUGGUACUAUCACCAUCUUGGUCAGAAGAAACGUAUCAUUCUAUUAUCAGAAAUUCACCCACAACAGGAAUCCAACGAUGUCUGUGUAUAUUCGAUGCAGGCAUAUCUAAAUGCAUAUUGGCCCACUGUCUCUUUACUCCAAAAUUUGGUCCAUGCUUUAGCAAAUGUCGAGCUGGAAGAUGAUAUGGAGCGUAUCAGAAUGACCUCUAGCAAGAAGAGAGGCAACACUGGUACAGCAGUUCAAGGGUUCACAGAGUACAAAUCAACAGAAGAGCUUGAAGUGGGUAUCAAGUCUUCACGUUUCUUUUCCGGCACUCUACGUUGCAGGUCUGAUGCUCGCGAUCAAGCUUAUGUAAAUUCGGCCGGAAAAGACAUUCUUAUUGUUGGCAACCAAAACAGAAACCGUGCAGUCCACGGAGAUACUGUAGUAGUUGAACUAUUAUCAGAAAACAAUUGGGCCACUGCCUCAAAUGAAAUAUCUUAUGAAGGCGGCAGUACUGAAGAAGAUAUUGAAGGAUCGCAGUGGGUAGUUCAACAAACAGAAAAGUCCAGACCAACCGGCCGUGUUGUUGGUAUUUUGAACAGAAACUGGCGCUCUUAUGUUGCUACUCUUCAAGAAGAUAGCCCAGAUGGAUCAUUUCAUCUUGCUGUUCCAUUGGAUUCUGUGAUCCCAAAAAUACGAAUCAGACAUCAAGAGGCAAAAUUGAUUCAAAACCAACGAAUUGUGGUUCGCAUUGACCACUGGCCAGUAUCUAGUCAAUACCCACAAGGUCACUAUGUAAGGUCAUUAGGCCCUAUUCAUCAUCUAGAUACCGAGAUAUCUGCUAUUUUGGUAGAGCACGGAAUCUCUGUGUCUCAAGCAACUCAAGGAUUCAGUGAAGCUUCACUCAAGGAAAUGCCGAUCGAUACACCAGAGAUGCCUUGGAGACCUGAACAAGAUGAGAUCAAGCGACGAAAGGAUUUAAGAUCAUUAACUGUUUUCAGUAUUGAUCCUCCAAAUUGUCAAGACAUUGAUGACGCUCUUUCGAUCCGUGAAUUAAAAAAUGGGAAUAUCGAACUGGGUGUUCACAUUGCUGACGUGAGUUACUUUGUCAAAGAACAUUCAUUGACGGAUCUAGAAGCAAGAGCUAGAGGAACUACAGUCUAUCUGGCCGAUCGAAGAUUUGAUAUGCUGCCCUCAGUAUUAAGUGAAAGAGUUUGCUCUCUUCGCGAAAAUGUAGACCGUUAUUCAGUCUCUGUUCUUUGGACAUUGGAUAAAUCUUACAAGGUAUUGGAUGUCUGGUUUGGAAGGACCAUCAUUCGAUCCAGCUGUGAAAUGGAAUAUGAGCAAGCCCAAAAAAUGUUAGACGGAGAGUCAACUCCGGCUGGCGUAGACCCUGCUCUAUCUAGAAAAUUAAAACCAUUCGUUGAGAAACUGGCCCAGGUUCUGCAUAGUAUGGAGAUUCAUGGUUUGGUCGCAGAAGCUAUGAUUAUGGCAAAUUCCUAUGUUGGAAAGAGGGCUUACCAGGGCUAUAAAGAUGCAGCUCUUUUACGUCGCCAUCCUCCACCAUCUGCAACACAAUUUGACAGAUUGAUCAAAGCUGCUAAAAGUCAGGGAUUCUCGAUCGAUUUCUCCUCAAAUCGAUCUUUGGCAAGAUCUCUAGAAAUAAUUACUCGUGGGUGCCAGAAUAAUCCCGAGAUUACACGCAUGUUAAAGACCAUGGCUACUAUGGCAAUGAACGAGGCGGGAUACGUUUCCUCCGGACAGUUUGCUGUGAGCGACUAUUAUCAUUAUGGUCUCGCUCUAGAAUAUUACACUCAUUUUACGUCACCUAUUCGCCGAUAUGCUGACGUGGUAGCUCAUAGACAGCUUUUGAUGUGCGUGGGCGAUUCUGUGGCAGUAAAUGAUGCAAAUGUGCGUGGAACAGUCAUGACUCAAGACAGUAAAAUUGCUGAAAUUUGCAUGAAUCUUAACUUGAAAUCAAGGGAAUCCAAGUUAGCACAAAGGGAUUCUACCGAGCUUUUCCAAAGCUUGUAUGUUCUUCAACAUACCAUGACAGGUCCAUUGAUUGAAAGUGGAAUCAUUUCUGAAAUCCGAUCCAAUGGUUUCUAUGUAUUUUUACCAAGAUUUGGUCUUAAAGGACCCGUGUUUCUGAUAGAAAAGGAUGGCUCGCCUAUUGUUCCUCUAUCGCUUGUUUCUAACAAAGCCAAGGAAGAAGAUUAUAUACCAAAUAGCCACAUCGAGGUUUCCUUGCCGACAAAUGUUUCUGUAACUUCAGCCGAUCUUCCUCAUCCAAUUAACUUCCAGCUGUUCGACCAUGUUCGUGUUUCUCUCAAGUUACGCAAAUCGCACGCUCAUCGACACAUGGUGUACAUGACGCUUGUUGGUCUUGAACACACCACAAAGCUAGGUUCGAGCCAGGUAGAUGCAGUAACAACAGCUCAAUUAUCAAGAGAUACAAUGAUGCGAUCGAUCGCCGAGCAAGAAGAAGCAAAGGCCCAAGCUAACGCCUACAAAGAUCGCUCUAAAGAAGAAUUAGAGACACGCAAACAGAUGAGAAAGGCGGCUAAGAAUAAUGGUAGCUCUAUUUAUCAGCUUUUGGAGCCAUUUAGAAAAAUGUCUAUAAUCGAAAGUACUACAUCCCAAUAA